AUGGGAGAGGUUUGGUGGUUGUGUAGAAGCCAUAGGGGUCAACCAAGAGUUGUGGUGGUCAACCAGGAGUUCUGGAGAUCAACCAAGAUUGAUGGUGGUCAACCAAGAAUGAUGGAGAUCAACCAAGAAUCAUGGUGGUCAACCAAGAGUUGUGGUCAACCAAGAAUCAUGGUGGUCAACCAAGAAUCAUGGUGGUCAACCAAGAAUCAUGGUGGUCAACCAAGAAUGAUGGUGGUCAACCAAGACUUUUGGAGAUCAACCAAGAAUGAUGGUGGUCAACCAAGAAUGAUGGUGGUCAACCAAGAGUUUUGGAGAUCAACCAAGAAUCAUGGUGGUCAACCAAGAGUUCUGGAGAUCAACCAAGAGUCAUUGGGGUCAACCAAGAAUCAUGGUGGUCAACCAGGAGUUGUGGUCAACCAGGAAUCAUGGUGCUUAACCAAGAAUCAUGGUGGUCAACCAAGAGUUCUGGUGGUCAGCCGAGAGUUGUGGAGGUCAACCAGGAGCUGUGGUCAACCAGGAAUCAUGGUGGUCAACCAAGAAUCAUGGUGGUCAACCAGGAAUUGUGGUCAACCAGGUGUUGUGGUGGUCAACCAAGAGUUCUGGUGGUCAACCAAGAGUCCUGAAGGUCAACCAAGAUUUUUGGAAAUCAACCAGGAAUCAUGGUGGUCAACCAGGAGUUGUGGUCAACCAAGGGUUGUGGUGGUUGACCCAGAGUCCCGGGAAGAAGAUGAUGGGAUGCUCCCAGAAGUCCUUGAGAUGCCUCCAGCCAACUGA